GCGUUCUGUCCUCUUGCGGCUGUAGUAAAAACUAAAACCAGCUAGUUUAUUAUUCAGAUUAUUUUGAGCGUUUAAAGCAUGUUAUAUAGUUAAGUGUUUGGUCAAAAAUAUCAGCCUAUACAGAUAAUAUUCACCUUGUUUAAGGCAAUAAAUUAUUGAGAGUAAUAUUGUGGUACUCAGAUAGUGAACAGUUGAGCUGCGCAGAGUUCAAUUCAGUCGAAGCUGGAGCGAGGUGAAGACAGUCGCGGCUAGACCCUGUUCAUGCUUUGAAUAUGCCCAAUUUUAUAUACUGUUGCUUACCAAAACCGUCGGGUCGAUGGUGAAAAGAAAGAAGACAUCAUCUGCUGUCGAAGAGCAUGAAAAUGGGAUGACAGUUGGGCUGAGAGACGGCAUCGGUGUCGAUGGACCGAAUAAUUCGGCCAGAAAGCUUGAAGGUUGUGACGAGGAGGAGAGCAGAGAUCAGGGGAGCGAGGAGUGUAGUACAAAGAGAGACGGAGUGGAAAUUCUUAAUCCAUCAACUACGGGCUGCUCCAGUUCAGCACCAGUGAUUCCCACAUCCGUAUCGAUCCCGUCUGGACCUUGCUCGAGCCAACAGCCCCUGUCAUCGACAGCACCCACCCCACCGAGUCACGACCAGCAUCAUUUUCUGAGAUCCAGCGUUCGACCCCCGAGCAAACGAAUCCGGAACGAUUCCAUCUCCCCAACUAUCAAUGGUCACGGCGGGGCGAAAUCGAAAGGGUCAGAAAAUGGUCCCUCUCACCAGGUGUCGGCUGGUCAGUCCGGCUCCACUUCAGGCUCUACGGGGCCCUCAGGCAAGGCGGCCCCUAGAGGCCAAGGGCUUGGAGACAAGGAGGAGCCGGUGGGCAAUCAGAAGAGACCCCGGAGACAGUGGGAGUCCUGGAGUGCAGAGGACAAGAACAGCUUCUUUGAAGGGCUCUACGAGUAUGGGAAGGACUUUGAGGCGAUCCAGACGAACAUAGCUUUGAAGCAUAAGAAGAAGGGGAAGCCAGCCAGCAUGGUGAAGAACAAGGAGCAAGUCCGACACUUCUACUACCGCACCUGGCACAAGAUCUCCAAGCACAUCGACUUUGCCAACGUGUACUCCCGUGUGCUGAAGAAGUCCUCUCAGGAGCUGUACGGUCUCAUCUGCUACGCCGAGCUCCGGAAGAAGGUUGGAGGAUUGAUGGAUGAUAAGAACGUGGCCAAGCUUAACGAGCUCAUCCAACAGGGGGCCACCACGGUGCGUUCUAAAGGCAGGAACCUGCGCAUCAAAGCUCCCAUGUGCCGUGCACUCAAGAGGCUGUGUGACCCAGAUGGAGUGAGUGAUGAAGAGGAUCAGAAGCCUGUGCGUCUACCUCUGAAGGUUGCCGUGGAGCUGCAGCCACGUAGCAACCACUCCUGGGCCCGUGUCCAGAGUCUGGCCCAUAAUCCCCGCCUCAGGAUGGUGGUGGAGCUGCAUAGGAAGGUGUCCAGCCUGAUUGAGUUCCUGAAACAGAAGUGGGCCGUCCAGGACCAGCGUGUCCUGAAGAGCCUGCAGGAGCGCGAGGCGUUAGAGGGAACCCAGCAGCACAGUGGUAGAGGCAGCCAUGCUCUCCCCUGCAGAGCAGACGAGGACCUGUUCCUGUACCCAGCUGAGACCAGCACCCUGACCGCCCUGCCAAGCGUAGCCCGUGUGGUCCACUCCAAGGCCUCCUGCACCGUCCACUGGCAGGAGAGUGGGAAGCCCCGGCCCGGCCCCAAGGAGCUGAUCCCCACCGCCCAGAUUCUGGGCAUCCAGGGGCCCCCGCUCCUCCUCCUCCCCCGGGGGGGUGUGGCCAAACCUGGACGGGGCGGUGGUGGUGGGGACACACGACGGGUAGGGGGAGAGACCCCCGUAUCUACGUCUGAAGGAGGAACGUCUGGAGGAGGAGGAGCAGGGCCAGAGGACAAGAAUCUGAACCGGAUAACAUCUCCUCUUCCUGUACCUCCUCUUCCUCCUCCUUCGUCUUUGCUGCUGUUGUCUACAGCUCAGAAACAGGAGGGUGGUGCAGCCGCGGGGCAGGUGGAAGGGGAGAAAGGGCUUGGGGGAGGACCAGGGGUAGGGGAGGCCUUGGGGUCCAAGGAAGGAGAGAGGGACUCCAAUUGUCAGGGCCAGGGGGGCGGUUCUUGCUCUGUUACUGAUCCAUGCAGGGAUGAAGAGCGGACCCCAGGGGUUAAUGGCAGUGACGGUGCCUCUCCAGAGAGGAACUCCCUCCCCCUGUUGGACCCCCUGGUUCCCACCACACUUCCACCGGCAACGGUACCACGACAGGUGGAGGACGUCCCUCCAGACCAGGGGCAGGGGAGGGCAGCAGCCUCAGGAAAGGAGGAGUCCGGUGGGGUUGGUGGAGGAGGAGGCAGCACCCCAACCCCGGUGUCGGUCGGUCGGUCGGCCCAGCGGAUCUGUGAGGAGGGCUGGAGCUCGCGGGGGUCAAACAGCAACGUGACUCUGGCAGAGCUGUACCUGAUGCUGGGGAAACCUGGGAAACUGCAGCUGGAGUACGAGUGGCAGCCGGCUGCUGUUGCAGCCCCGGAGCUGGAGGAGGAGGGGCUACAGGGACCAGGACAGACAUGCCCACAGCUACAGUCACCAUGCCCCCUGCCCCCACCCUCCACCCACCGCGUCCUGCGCUGUCUGCUCCGACUGGUGUCAUCAGAGGUCAACCCCAAACCUGCCCCAGAGCUGUGCUCCACAGCCACGUCUCCGGUAAAGCCAUCCCAGGAGGAACAGUCCCUCACCCCCCCAGGCAAGGCCCUGGCUGUGGGGGUACGGAGCCCCAACUGUGGACGACCGCAGCCCCUGGGGGUCCGAGCGGCAAAACUGAUGUUACCAAACACUGGAUCCUCCGGUCGUAACCUCCCGCGGUCUCUGCUGGUGUCCGGGGGGGACUCAGAUGGUGGGGUGUUUGCCGUACCCACCACCCUGCCCCCCAACAGCUCCCGACACUCCCGCAUGUUCUCCCCCAACAAGGAGGCCGAGCUCGCCUUCCGACAACAGCUCGACUCCAUCAGCAUGCAGUCAGACAUUUUCCUGCCAAAACAAAGGAAAAACAGGAGCCGGCCACUUCGAAAGCCCCUCGUGGUCCAGAGAACACUGCUCCCCCGCACCACUGGAGACACUCCUCAACACGUCUGCUCCUUUUCCAUCCUCUCCAACUCAUCUGCCACAGGAACAGGCUCCUUCCGGCCAAUCCAGCCCCGUCUCUCUGCCUCCACCCGUCCCCUCCUCCCCAGAACUCUGCCCAUCACCUCUAGCCCUGGGAUGUCCAGUCAGCUCUCCAGUGCCAUUGACCUGGCAGCCAAGUCAGCAGGCAUCAUCCCAGGCAGCCCCUGUCGGGAGCUGGAGGCCCCCAGUCCAGACGGAAGGCCCCUCAUUUCAACCUCUCACCCUGGAGUGGUGCAUGAUGGUCCUGGUCCUCCCCAGACACCGCUCCUCCAGCAGGCCUCCUCUGAGGUUUCGCUGCAGAACGGCCUCCCCCCUCCGUCUCCAGGAGUGGCAGGUAACUCUCUCCUCUCCCCGCCCAGCAUGGCCUCUCUGCUGGACAUCUCUCUCCCGGGACCCCCGGAGGAAGCAAUGGCUCCUGGAGGGCCACAAACACACAUCAGUGACUCAAUCAUUGAGCUGGCCAUCAACUCGGCACACUACGGUGAUGAGGCAUCCCUCUCGCCUGCCAAGUUGAAUGGUAGUGAGUACUCUAAGCUCCUACGCUCUACCUCAGUCAGCCCCUCCAGAGGCUGGAUCCCUUCCCCCAGCCACGACCCUCAGUGGUACCCCAACGACUCCACUGACUCUUCAUUUGGCUGCCUGCUAUCGAGCCUGGUGUCUCCUGAUAAGGGCAGACGAAGCUCCCUGACCCCUUCCGGCCCCUCCAGUGGAACAGCCCUCCUCGGACCCAGAUUUCUGGACUGCAACUCCCAUGAUUCCUUUCAGUCCCGCGGCCUGCCAGACGUAGCAGAGGUAGACACCCAGCUGGCCUGCAUGAUGAGUGAGAGCAGCGUGGAUUACAUCGCCCGCUUCAACGAUUUGGCACAGGAGCUUGCCGUCACAGAGCCGCACCUCCCACCACCUUGAGUUUGAAUAGACUGGGGGCGGGUUUAAGAAAUGUCUGUCACAGAGCUGCCCUUCCCACUCCUUCAGAAGUGCAAGGAUGAAGGGGGGUGGAGAAACACUCCUUCCCCUAUAUAGUUUGUGAAAUAAAGUGCAAUAACCAUGGUCAUUGGCCUGAACAGAAAAAGCACUCAGAUCUACCUUGGCACAGUCCAACUGGAACAGGUUUAAACUGGUUCUGAUGGUUUCAGCUGGUUUUAAUGGGUUCUGAAAUGGUUUCCUCUGGUUCUGAAGGUCCAUGGUCUGGUUUCAACUGGUUCUAAAGGAACGUGGACUAGUUUCAACUGGUUCUGAUGGCCUGUGGACCGGUUUCAACUGGUUCUGAUGGGUUCGGAACUGGUUUCAGAUGGUUCUGACCGGUUUCAACUGGUUCUUAUGGCUUCUGACCGGAGUGAACUUGUUCUGACGGGUUCCAGCUGGCUUGUUUGUUUGGACCAUUCUGUCUGUUCUGCCUAGCGAGCCUCCCUUCUUUUAAAACACUUAAAAAAUUAAUCCCAUUUACAAAACACAACCUCAUGUAAAGAAAAAAACAAUGCCAUAUCUGAACAAAAGACUGGGUCUCUGUCUGUGUAUCUUUCCAUUUCUCUGUCCUUGUCCUUUUCUCUCCUUCUUCCCUCUGAGAAAUAUCAAACCGAAGAUGUUUGAGUGCAAAAUGUAAAUGUCAGACAAACUUGAAAAUAACUACUGAUGAACUUCUGAACUGCUAGUAGCGUUUCCUUCUCCAUCUUGUCAGUUUAAGUCGUCCGUGUGAACUAACACAUCAUUUAAUCUGUUGAAACUGAAUAAGCCAUAUGAGUGGAACUGAUGUGAAUUUGUAUCCCAGGCCAAACAUACGUGUGUCUGACUGACUGUCUGUGUCCCUCUAUCCAUAUCAAAGCAAAAAGUUUGACACUCCACUUGAACAUCUACUCCAACUAACCCAGCUACAUCUGUGUUAGUGUCUGGUUUUUCUUCUCAACCAACGCUUUGAAACUACCUGAAAGCUCAUUUCAGUUUUCUGUAUCAAAAUGUUUUGUAAUGUUGCGCCCUACUGAACGCAAACCUUGUGUGCUUUUGUGUAACACCACACCAGGCGCUCCAUCCUAUGAUGCCUGGUUGUCAGUCGAGGGGUGGGUUUUAGAGAGGUCCCCAGCUGACUAAAGGACCAAUCAUAUUAUGAGGGGUUUUAGACACAGAAAUAUGGUCACGUUCCAGGAUGACUACGUUGGAGAUGUUGCAUUGCAUCAACCAAUGUUUGUGUGCCACGUCAUCGACUAUGCAGUCCGGCAUCAGAUUACUAAGGUCGAGGUCCAGCCUGACUACAUUGCAGCAAAUGCCAGAAAUGAAGAAGCGUGUUUCCAGGACGAAUUGUGUGUCCAAAAUGGCACCCUAUUUCCUAUAUAGUGCACUGCUAUGUAGGGAAUAGGUUGCCAAUUUGGACACAGCCAAUGCCUAGAUGUCAGCUAAGGAUUUUGAGAUGAGAAAUCACAUUGACACAAUGUUCAAAUACUAAAUGUCCGAUUUUUAUUUUAUUUUUUAACACACUAAAAGAAAUGUUCAAGCUACGAAUGUGGAUUAUGUCUAAAGACUUUUAUAUAGCGGGUGUCUUUAAAUUGGGGCAUGGAGUCCUUCCUCUUUGUGUGUAACUUUAAUCUAUAACAAUUCCAGUAUUCACUGCGCUUUUGUAACAUAAUACUGUAAAUUAUUCUUAUUUGGACUAUUUAUUGUUAACAGGUUGAGAAAAAAAAGUGUUUGUUUUACAAGGAGCUAUAUGUAAUAUUUUUGCAUUGUAAUUUCAGAAAAAUAUCUUUUAAUAUAUCAGCAGUAAUAGUGGAGCGUGUUUCACAAUGUUUAAUAAAAAUUAAAUGGGCCCACACAAAAUUGGUCGUCACUAGUUACUUUAGCCACAAAGUCAUAAGGCCCGCCUACUUGACCAAUGGGAUGAGUGAGUGUGAUAUGACACGUAUGCCGGCUUACGGUUCGCGGGCAAUGACCAAUCAGAUGAGGGGGUGUGUGUAUACCGACCGGCUUGCAGGGGAGACGAGUCAUGCAUUUCUUUUAUCUAGUUCCAUCAAUGAUUUUUUAAUUAGCUA